GCUCUGUUUGCCUAAAUUAGCCAUUUUGUAUGCAGACAGUCGGGAUUUCUUUGGAGGUCUCUUGAUUGAUAAUGGAGAAUUGAGAGAGCAAUAAAAGGCAGCUUUCAUGAACGUGCUGAGCCAAAGCUAAAUAGGAAAACUUCUGCUCCAAAUUGAAGAAUGAGGACUGUGCUCACUGGCAAGAAGCUUCUUUCUUGACACUUUCAGCACUUCUGUCACAUUUUGUCUGGGCUGAUUUCAUAGGUCAGAAACUUGAGAGUUCCCAUCUUCUCUCUUUACUGCAGGAGCCUUUUCCUCUUGUUAUUUAAACCUGGUAGUAUACAUGGCUGUGGGCAGAAGGCAGCAUGCUCUUUCCUUGGUGGAGUUUUCAAACUAAGUAGAAAGACAGCACCAAAUGCACUCUGGACAACUUGAAGCAAAGUUCUGUCUUAAUAAUAUUUUUUGUUUUCUGGUCUGUUGAUGGACCUUGAAAAGGGAGAUGAAAAAGCGAGUGUGCCGAUCAAAUAAAAGUCCCUGGGUUUGUCUGACUUGUUCAAGUGUCCAUUGUGGAAGGUAUGUGAAUGGCCAUGCAAAGAAACAUUAUGAAGAUACACAGAUUCCUUUAACCAACCAUAAGAAAACAGAAAAGCAAGAGAAAGUUCAGCACACUGUGUGUAUGGAUUGCAGUAGUUACAGCACAUACUGUUAUCGCUGUGAUGAUUUUGUAGUCAAUGAUACCAAGCUGGGCCUGGUACAGAAAGUCAGAGAACACCUGCAGAACCUGGAAAAUUCAGCUUUUACAGCAGACAGACAUAGGAAAAGAAAGCUCUUGGAAAACUCAUCUCUAAACAGCAAAUUAUUAAAAGUAAAUGGGAGCACCACUGCCCUUUGUGCCACAGGUCUCCGGAAUCUGGGGAACACAUGUUUCAUGAAUGCAAUUCUCCAGUCUCUCAGUAACAUUCAGCAGUUUUGCUGCUACUUCAAGGAGUUGCCAGCUGUGGAAUUGCGGAAUGGGAAAACAGCAGGCAGGCGAACUUACCACACCAGGAGCCAAGGGGAUAACAACGUUUCAUUGGUGGAAGAGUUUAGGAAGACUCUUUGUGCCCUCUGGCAGGGCAGUCAAACAGCUUUUAGCCCAGAGUCUCUUUUUUAUGUCGUUUGGAAAAUUAUGCCAAAUUUUAGGGGGUACCAGCAACAAGAUGCCCAUGAAUUCAUGCGUUAUCUUUUGGACCAUCUACAUCUGGAACUCCAAGGUGGCUUCAAUGGUGUUUCCCGCUCAGUCAUCUUGCAAGAAAAUUCUGGUCUCUCUGCAAGCAACAAAUGUUGCAUAAAUGGAGCUUCUACGGUUGUCACAGCUAUAUUUGGCGGCAUUCUUCAAAAUGAAGUCAACUGCUUAAUAUGUGGGACUGAAUCUAGAAAGUUUGACCCAUUCCUAGACCUCUCACUAGAUAUUCCAAGUCAAUUCAGAAAUAAACGUACUAAGAACCAAGAAAAUGGACCAACGUGCACACUAAGGGAUUGUCUUCGCAGUUUUACAGACCUGGAAGAACUUGAUGAGACGGAGCUCUAUAUGUGCCACAAAUGUAAAAAGAAACAAAAGUCCACCAAAAAGUUCUGGAUUCAGAAACUACCAAAGGUGCUAUGCUUACACUUGAAACGAUUUCACUGGACAGCAUAUCUGAGGAACAAGGUGGAUACAUACGUAGAAUUUCCCCUUCGAGGUCUAGAUAUGAAAUGUUACUUGUUAGAGCCAGAAAACAGCGGCCCAGAAAGCUGCCUGUAUGAUCUUGCAGCAGUUGUUGUGCAUCAUGGUUCAGGUGUGGGCUCUGGACAUUAUACUGCAUAUGCAACUCAUGAAGGUCGCUGGUUCCACUUCAAUGACAGUACUGUAACUCUGACUGAUGAAGAGACCGUGGUAAAGGCAAAGGCCUACAUCCUCUUCUAUGUGGAGCGGCAGGCCAAAUCUGGAUCAGAUAAACUUUAAUACCUCCUUCUCAGCCUCACUUAUCAAGUCCACAGGACAAAACAUUUCCAAUUCUCCAUAAAUACUUGAUCCAAGACUUUUAAUUUCAUUGUGCACUUUUCAACUUCCUCUUGUGGGUUUUAGUUUUGUUGUGUCAAUGGUAGCAUUUGACUUAUUGAACUUGGACACAAACUAACUUUUUUAGUUAUACCAGAAAACCUCAGCAGAUAUUGAUUUGCUGCUUUAGUUGUGAUAACUCAAUUUUAUAUAUAGUUUCAUGAACUACUUUAGCUAUUUGACUUUUUUAUAUUAAUGUUUUCAGUUCUCACUUUCUAAAGGCACAUUUACAUCAGAGACGCUUUCUAUCCUCCUUAGAAGGAAGAUAAAUGUGUUCCUGAUUACGAAGAGCAAUAGAACUCCAUGCUGCUCUCUCAGCUGUUAUGUAGACAAGGUUGAAUCUCUGUAAAUCAAGGAAUUGCUUGCACAUACUAUUUGCCCCAGUGUAAGAAACUUAAGUGACCUCUGAACAAUCAUUUUUUGCCUGCAGAAGAGAGGAGCUGUGGCAUCAUUAAAUAGCCCAGGUAAUUGCUGCUAUCAGUGUAUACAAGGCUGCUGUCUUUCAGGACUCAAUGUGUAUACUUAGUUGGGUGAGUUUUAUCUGUACUGCCAAUUAAUUCAAAUGUUUCUCAUCUGUACUUUUCCCCCUUUAUAAAAAGACAUUUAAAUUAUUAUCCUAAUCAUAUGUUUUUGUAAUUGUGUGGGGAUUCAAUUUUCUUCUUCUAAAUUGAAGCUGAAUUGCUUUAGAGACUUCUUAAUUUUAACCUGUACCGCAAAGUUUGAUACAUAUACUAGCUUUGAAAGUAUUUCCUGUUCAGGACUGAACACACCCUCAUUCUUGGGGUUCGGUCUCAACAGAAUCCCUAUCCAGCUUGAUAAAAUCAGCAGGCUCUUUUUAGGACUGAAAGACCAGAAUGUUUGGAGAUGGUUUGCAAAAGGCACACUAUACCUAGGUCAGACUCAGGUGGAAGAUGGGAGGGGAGAAGAGCAGUGGUACCACACACCAACUACAGUUGGGACUCAGGAGGUUGUACCUGGCAUGCAAUUACUAACUCAGCAGUUAGUCUUCUAAUGAAGGGGGAGCCAGGAUCCACUUUUGUAAGCUGAAAUGUAAACUGAACCCUAACAUAUUCAUCCCUUUAACUAGUUCAACUUUCAAUUGCACUGGGAGUGUGAGGAGUCCAGUUUGUAUCACUCUUCCUUAGCGAGACUGUUGGGGAAGAGUCCUGGUGGAUUGUGGAAGAGAGGCUAUUAGUGUCUGUAUUCAGUGUAUACUGACUAGUGAUUUUUGUCAGGUUCCCCUCCCCCACUCUGAUUAUCAAUGCAGACCACACUCCUGACUGACAAGGGUUAAGGCUUAUUUCCUGCCAAGUCCAACCAACCAGAACCUCUUACUCAUGGUGAUUAAGUAUAACCAGACCUGUCUGUAACCACUUCAACAUUGAGUAGAAAUGUGCCUGCCCUUCCUGUAGCUCAGGGGUGGGCAAAAUGCGGCCCAGGGGCUGGAUGCGGCCUGCUAGGCCAUUCCACCUGGCUCGCGGGGCCCUUAUAAAAUUUAGAAAAUUAAUAUUUAUCUGCCCUGGGCUGCCUGUCAUGUGGCCCUCAAUGGCUUGCUAAAACUCAGUAAGUGGCCCUCUGCCCAAAAUAAUUGCCUGCCCCUGCUGUAGCUGGAUCUGUUUGAGGGAAACAUUAGGCAGCAGCAGGAUUCUCUGAAUGUGGAUAUAUAUGGCAUCUAUGUCUUGAAUCAAGAGGAGGUUUCCAGCUGCCUGUGUAUAAGACAUGGCCCUUUUCUGAUUGCUUUAUGAAUCCAUAACUGCCACAUUCACUGUUUAGGGAAAAAAAUUGGCAUUGUAUAAAGCAACAAAAGUGUUCAAUAUUGCUAAAUUGUAUAUGAAGAUGUAAACUGUAUCCCUACUGAACCUAAUGUGACUAGCAUUUGAUAUGUUAAGUGACAGAUAUACAAAGAUGUUGUUUUUGGUUUUGGGUUUUUUUUUUAAGGUUGAACAAUAAAUAGAGCUAUUCAUUGCUACAAGUUGUAGACAGCUUGUCAACUACUGCUUUCAGAUUCUUGCAUCCAGGAUUAUGUUGUGUACAGAAGAGGCAGCCCUUAUCACUUACACACAAUAAAACAGUAAUUGGCAGACUCCAUCAGGACAAAAAAAAAGGGUCCUUUAAAACAAUUUUAACUGUCAAUUUAAAAAUGUAAUGUUGGGGUUGAGCAUAUGCUGCUUGGACUCAAUUUGGAAUUUGAGCCAUGUCUAUAUGCUACUUGGAUUGCUCUAGAAAUUUAGUGUUUUUGCUUCAUUUCAAACCUUGUAGUAACCAAACUGGUCAGAGAAUUUAACUCUGCAAAUUUAGUUUCCCACAGUUCAGUGAUGUAAAUGUGCCUUUUUGUUUUUAUAGGAAUUUAAAUUUGUAAUAUUCAUCAACAUUAUUCACUUAUUUUAAAAGCAGAUUCUGUUUGUCAUAGGACAUCAAUUUUCUUUUGUCCAGUUACUAUUCAUGCACAUUUCCCCUGUAACAUAAAUGAAUUGACAUAACCAGCAGCAUAUUCUGUUCAGGACGUGGUCCUAAGAACACUCAUGUCAUAUCUUGUUCUUGAAGCAGGUGCUGAUACAGAUUCAGCCAUGUUUCUUUGGAACAAAUAGCUUCAUAAAUCCUUUCCUAAUUUAAUUCUCUCCCACUGCAAACACAGAUGGACAGUAUAAGCAGUUUGUUGUGGCAACACACGUAUUUCUCUUCCUGGUGGAGAACUUUGCUUAUACACUGUAUUCUAUUCAGUGUGUAGUGUCAAAAAUAACUGAGCACUGAACCAGUAACAUAUACUGCACCUGGCCUACUAUUAAAUUUUUAUCCUUACUUGUAUAGCCUAUAUUUAUCUACUGGCUUCUGGGAGGGGAGGGAUAUUUUAUUUCAUUUAAGCCAAAUCGGUUUCUUUUCUAAAUCACUGCUGAUCUUAGUGUAUAUAACUGGCAGGGAUGUCCAGCUGGUGACAGUGUUUUGCAAGCAACAAUUGCUUUCUGCAGUUCAGUCUUGCAUAUUUUUCCCCUCAGACUUUCUCAGUAGAAGGUUGUCCUUGUAUUGUUCAUUGUUCUGCCAUGUAUACAACUGGAAAUUUAAUCUGUGAAACAGAACUGCAGCAUUCCCAAUCCAACACUCCUACUUCAGUGCAUUGGGUGGGGAGCUGCCCCAAGCAAUGCUCUAAGGCAGUUUCAGUAUGGGCUCCUUCUGCAAACAUGCUUAGAGGAUGCUUUUCCCAAUGAUUAUUGAUGUCAAUGGUUGAUGGUAUAGGCUUGGAUCUAUCCAAGGCAGCUGGGGCUGAGUGGACUUAUCAAAGGCACAAGGCCAUCUGUAAGUAUUUUGUUAAGUGGAUGGAAAAUGUGAUGCUUGUGUUCAAGUUUCCCCAAGGAUGUUUCAUUACUGAUGUGUCUCUGUCUCACUGAUGAGGUAAUUGGCACCUUAAACUGAUUUCAGUGUGCUUUAGGAUACCCUCAAGUACUGUAGUGCCAUAGCUGUAAUUGUUUACCAUUAAAAUCUAGAGUGCAAGUUUCAU